CAAACGUCGACUGCAGCCAUGGCAGGCUCUAGAUCUAGAGCCCCACCAGCAGUACCAGCAGCAAUCCGAGAACCAACGUCCCCUGCUGUUCAAUUCGCUGCUGAGGGGGUAGCCGCCGCUGCCGCGGCUGCUGCUGCUGCUGCAGCUGCAAGUGCUGCGGGUUCUGGUGGUGCUGCUCAUGCCACCACUGAUGCCAUGGUCAUUGCUGCUGGGUUGGCAGCAGGCUCGGAAUCUUUUGGUUCGGGAGAGGUCCGGUCGCCCCCAGGCCUCGCCCAGCAGCGGCUGUUCAGCCUCGGAGGGUCUUCCAUAUCUCCCCUGCUUGACUCAACCACCUGGCCUCACCUUGGUGCGGCGGAGAACCGACCCUGGAUCCGAGGUUCUGGGCCGCAUGAGUGCAAGGUCUGCCACAUGCGGUUUCCAACCCUGCAUGCUUUGGGCGGGCACCAAAACGGGCACCGGGAAUUACGGCUGCAGCGGCAGAAAGAAAAGGCAGCAAAGGCAGCAGCGGCUGCUGCUGCUGGUUCUGGUCCUGGUGCUGGCGCCCGUGUUACUGCUGGUGGUGGAAGUGGCGGUGCUGCUGGUAAGGGGAGCGGGGAGAGGAGGAGCAGGGCGAGAAAGCAGCAGGGCGAGAGCGCUGUUCCUGUCGCGAGGCAGGGAGACGGCAGAGCCGAAGGGAAACGGGAAGAAUCAGUAACCAAAGCAGGGAAGGAAGGGGAGAAAGCCACAGCGAAGACGGUAGAUGCAGCGCAAGCGCAAGACGAUUCUCAGACGCACGAUGUUUCACCUCAGAUGCAAGAUGUUUCACCUCGGAUGCAAGAUGUUUCACCUCGGAUGCUCUACUCCUCGACAAGGCGUGACACUGACACUCUGCGCAGGCAGGACACGCGGCCAAAGCAAGGCACACCACAGAAGCAGGAGGCUGAGAGGAGGGUGCGAGAGGCACUCAAGUGGAAGGACGAGAAGGUGGAGGGUGCGCAUGCAGGCGUAGCGGCAGGCAGUGGCAGCAGCAGUGGCAGUGGCAGGGACAAGCAUGACAAGCAUGACAAGCAUGACAAGCCCAUGGCUGGUGCCGGUAGCGGUGCUGGUAGUGGUGCUGGUAGCGGUGGCAGUGGUGGCGGCAGUGGUGGUAAGGGAAGGCCCAUGGCUAGCGUGACUGUACAAUGCGACAUUAGUGCUGCAGACGCACCUGCAGCAGGGGCUGGGAUCUCUGCUGGUAACCCUCUCAGUGGGGGAGAAUGCUCUACUGGUAACCCGUUCUUGGUGGGGGGGAGACUGGGCAGAGCUCAAGAAUCAAGGCGAGACCGUGUGGCAUGGUCACAAGUGCCUGUGGUAAGAGGCGGUGCCAUGGGCGCUGCUGCUCUCCCUUUCACCGUGCUUCAACAGCCCGUGACUGUUACGAUGGGAGAGGCAAAGCCCGAGCCCGUGGAUGGAAGCCAUCCGACCGUUACAUGGAGGGGAAGAGAGCUGAAAAGCAAUUCGGACCGUCCAAUGAGCGAGCGUGUAGAGAGUGACGUCGGCGUUCAACAGGGGGGGGUGGAGUUGGGACGUGGACAAGACAUGCCGACCAGGAGCGUACUGGAGAGUAUUUUUGGGCGGCUGACUGCUCCGUCCCCCCCUGGUGGGAGCAUCCACCUGCUGCUGCAACAGCAGCGACAAAGCGAGCAGCAGCGGCAACAACAGCAGCAGCAGCAACAGCAAGAAAAACAGCAGCAGCGGCAGCGGCAGCAGCAGGAGGGAGUUAUGCUGGAAUCACCGACCUCAAGGCCUAAACGAGAAGUACCUGAGGAAUUGACAGGAGGGACAGCAGUUGCCCCUGGGGACGCACGGAGGAGAAGGCUUACAAUGGAGCACGCCUUUGCGGCACCAAGAAAUGCGGAUGACGCGCCUCCCACUGGGCCGUUCAGUCGCAGUCACAGAGCAAUGGAACCGCCUCCGGAGCCCUUGGGAUUGCCGCCAGCCGCACCAGCACCAGCACCAGCACCGACAUCCUUCUCCGAACGCGUUGCAGGGAUCUCUGCUGGUGGACUGAAAAGGGUAGCUGACUGUGCUGUGAGUGGGUCAAAAUCUAUCGCAGACUAUGCAGUGCUGUUGAAAUGGGCGGCAGGAUCCACAGGAAGUGAGGCACCGUGGGCGGCAGGAUCCAUCGGGGAUCUGAGACAGCUGGAAGGCGAUUCUUCAGGGGGAGGAGGGCGGAGAGGGGUGGCAGGCUUUAGUGGAGAGCCACAACGCUUGGCAGGUGACUCUUUCAUGGGAGAGAUCCCGAAGAGGGUGGUAGGUUCCCGUGGAGAGCCGAAACGCCCGGCUGACGAUUCUUCAGAGGGAAGAGGAGGGCUGCAAUGGCUCCGGCCACCGUCUGCCGGCUCGUCGUCCUCUGCUCUCACGUCUGACUUCACCCCCAGCCAGCCCGCCCGUGCUGCUGAGGGCUCUAUGUCAGCCAUGCUUUCCUCACAAGGUGGGGGCAGAAGCAUCGAGCCGUUUGGGGCAGCAGACUCUUUCAGGGGAGAAGAAUCACAGUGGCUGCGUCCGGCGUCUGCCGGCUCGUCGUCCUCUGCUCUCACGUCGGAAUUCACCCCCAGCCAGCCUGCCCGCACUGCCGAGGGCUCUGUUGCAGCCAUGCUUUCCUCUCAGGGUGGAGGGGGGAACUCCGUGCGACAAUGGAGGGCUGAGCCUUCCAGGGGAGAAGAAUCGCAAUGGGAGGGGGCGGAUGGUGCAAGAGGUGAGCGUGGGAGGUUUGAGCAGCAGGGCUGGGUGCGGGGAGAAGGGCAGCAGGGUGGGCAACAGCAACUACAGCAGCAGCUGCAGCAGGUCCAAGAGCAGACAUACCAGCAUCCUCCCUUGCAGCAAAGGCUGAGGCGACACCACCAGCAGGAGCGAUUCCAGCAGUUUCAAGAGUAUCAGCUGCAGCAGCAGUUGCAGCGACAACAGUUAGAACAGCAGAUGCAGCAGCAGCAGAUGGAACAGCAGGUGCAGCAUCAGCGGGAGCAGCAGUUAGAGCAGCAGCAGGUGCAGCAUCAACAGGAGCAGCAAUUGGAGCAGCAGUUGGGGCAGCAGCAGCAGCAGCAGCUGGAGACGUUUCGCCUGGCGAUGCGUGAAAGAACUCCGGCCCCAGCAGAGCCUGCAUAUCCCCCUUUUAAACUGUCGCCAAGAGAGAUGCAGGAGUUCGUGCACCUGGGAGAGCACCACAGUCAGGCGUACCGAGAGAACGAGCAAAUUCAACACAAGCAUAUGCAGCAGCAGCAGCAGCAGCAGCAGGAGCAAGGAAUAAAUCCAGUGGAUGUGCAUCAGCAGCAACUGCAGCAGAUGGGCAGAGAGGGGCAUGCACAGCAGGAGAGAAGGGAGGGUGCAGUUGAAGCUCCAGCCGUGAAGCGUAGCGAUGGCCGGGAUGCAGUAGGUGACGACGAAGCCGGUGCUCAGCUGGAUUUGAAGCUGUCCCUGUGAAAACCUCACUCCACUCCACACCACAGUGUAGAGGCAGGUAUUGCCAGGCCAGGAUGACCUUCCCACCUAAUGUAGCCUAUAAUUAUAUUUGUUUCCCCCCA